CCAUGCGAGGCGGCCGCCCCCGCGCCCGCCCAGCUCGGCGCUGCCCGCCGCGGCUGCCCGCCGCCCCGCGCUGAGCCCGCCGCCGCCCCGCGCCCGGCCCGGGCACCAUGUCCCGCCGCAAGAUCUCGUCAGAGUCCUUCAGCUCGCUGGGCUCGGACUGCCCGGAGACGAGCCCCGAGGAGGAGGGCGAGUGUCCCCUGUCCCGCCUCUGCUGGAACGGCAGCCGCAGCCCUCCCGGCCCCGCCGACACCCCCUUCGCCGCCGCCGCGGCCAGCGCCGGGGCGCGCCGCGCUCCGCGCCGCCGGCGGGUCAACCUGGACUCGCUGGGCGAGAGCAUCCGCCGCCUGACGGCCCCCGCGCCUCAGACCAUUCGGCAGACUCUUCAAAAGACACUGCAGUAUUUUGAGCAUCAAGUUAUUGGUUACAGAGAUGCAGAGAAGAAUUUUCACAAUAUAUCAAACAGAUGCUCCUAUACAGACUGCUCUGGCAAUGAAGAAACUGAAGAUGUCUCAGGAAUUCUCCAGUGUACAGCUAAUGUACUCGGUCUGAAGUUUGAGGAAAUGCAGGAAAAGUUUGGAGAGGAAUUCUUCAAUAUCUGCUUUGACGAGAACGAAAGAGUUCUUCGAGCUGUAGGUGGCACCCUUCAAGACUUCUUCAAUGGCUUUGAUGCUUUGCUGGAGCAUAUUAGAACUUCAUUUGGAAGACAGGCCACCCUGGAAUCUCCUUCUUUCCUAUGCAAAGAACUCCCUGAAGGCAAUCUCAUGCUCCAUUAUUUUCAUCCACAUCACAUUGUGGGAUUUGCAAUGACAGGAAUGAUAAAAGCAGCAGCGAAGAAGAUUUACCGCUUGGAAGUAGAAGUGGAACAGGUCACAAAUGAUAAGUUGUGUUCAGAAGGGACAAACCCAGGUAACUGCAGUUGUUUGACUUUCCUUAUCAAAGAACAUGAAAAUGCAAAUACCACAAAAGCACUUCCACCAGGAAAUUCCCAGUCCCCCUUAGACCUGAGGAUUAGUAUCAGCACCUUCUGCAGAGCUUUUCCCUUUCACCUGAUGUUUGAUCCAAACAUGCUGGUUCUCCAGCUUGGAGAAGGUCUUAGGAAGCAGCUCAGAUGUGACGCUCAUAAAACCCUGAAAUUCCAAGACUGCUUUGACAUAGUCUCUCCUAAAAUCAGUGCCACAUUUGAAAGAGUUCUUCUGAGGUUAUCUACACCCUUUGUCAUUCGGACCAAACUUGAGGAUUCUGACUCUGAAAGUAAAGAUAAGGUGAUGGAAAUUAAAGGUCAAAUGAUUCAUGUGCCAGAAUCAAACUCGAUACUGUUUCUGGGUUCCCCCUGUGUGGACAAGCUGGAUGAGCUGAUGGGCCGAGGCCUCCAUCUUUCAGACAUACCUAUCCAUGAUGCUACCCGUGAUGUCAUAUUGGUUGGGGAGCAAGCAAAGGCGCAGGAUGGCUUGAAAAAACGAAUGGAUAAGCUGAAGGCAACGCUGGAAUGUACACACCGAGCCCUGGAAGAGGAGAAAAAGAAGACUGUAGAUCUUCUUAUUUCUAUUUUCCCUGAAGAGGUGGCUCAGCAGCUGUGGCAGGGGCAGCAGGUUCAGGCCAGGAAGUUUGAUGAUGUCACCAUGCUCUUCUCGGACAUUGUUGGCUUCACUGCCAUCUGUGCUCAGUGCACACCCAUGCAGGUCAUCAGCAUGCUCAACGAGCUCUACACGCGCUUCGACCACCAGUGUGGAUUCCUUGACAUCUACAAGGUGGAAACAAUAGGUGAUGCCUACUGUGUUGCAGCAGGGCUCCAUAAGAAAAGCCUUAGUCAUGCCAAAGCCAUUGCCCUGAUGGCACUGAAGAUGAUGGAGCUUUCAGAAGAGGUUCUCACUCCAGAUGGAAGCCCUAUUAAGAUGAGGAUAGGCAUCCACUCAGGUUCGGUGCUGGCCGGCGUCGUCGGUGUGCGAAUGCCACGCUAUUGUCUCUUUGGGAACAACGUCACCCUCGCGAGCAAGUUCGAGUCAGGAAGCCACCCACGCCGCAUCAAUGUCAGUCCCACCACGUACCAGCUCUUGAAAAAGGAAGAAAAUUUUGUUUUUAUCCCUCGUUCCCGUGAAGAGCUUCCAGAAAACUUUCCAAAGGAAAUUCCUGGGAUCUGUUACUUCCUGGAGGUCAGAAGUGGUCAGAAGCCGCCAAAACCGUCCAUCACAUCUGCCAGAGUGAGAAAGGUGUCUUACAACAUCGGCACCAUGUUCCUCCGGGAGACUAGCCUAUGAGGCCUGCUGCAGAUCAAAGACUCGUCCAAAAAGCACAAGCCCAGAACUGGGUCAUGGCCGGGGAGUUGGAGGCUCUUUGUGUUUCACUGCCAUCUUCUGAGCAGGCAGUAAAAAGCUCCAUGUAAUGUCAGGCAAUAAUCAUUUUGAAAGGUGGGUAACUGCUGUCAGUAAACAAGGUGGAGAUAGGGAAAAAAUAUUAAACAAUGUACUUCCACUUCGAGAGGAAUUUCUUUCAUAAACUUCAGUCUGACCCCUCUAUGGCAAACAAAACAACAAAACAAAACCCCAACUCUCAAAUUAGAGGUUGGUCUUGUUUUGUGCAGAAAUGAUGAUGGUUCUCUGUAGAUUUGCACCAGCUAAGCAGAAUUGAGAGUCAGUUCUGAUUAUGCAUUCCUAUAUUUAAUGUGUUCUUCAGUAAGGUAAUGAUGUUUUUUAACUUUAUGAACAAGCAUUUCAUACAUAUACUGUAGAGCUAUUGUAACCUUCCUGGCAGGAGGAAUUAUGACUCAAUACAAAUAUUGUAGGAAUUUUACCUAUUUUUAUACAUAUUUCACUUUCUGGAUAAUUACAUUCCACAUACUGUAAGCUGAGUGAGCUUAGAUAGCUUUUCAGAAAUUACUGUAUAUUUCAUACAUUCUACCUAUCAAACCUUAUUGUUAUACAAGUGGGAAGAAGGCGUUUCUUGACUUUUUUGGCAACAAAAAAAAAUCAACAUAUACAUAAUAAAAACCCCACUUUGGUAAAUCACUUUAUCUGGUUUUUAUGCUAAAGCUUUAGAUGAGCACUGUCUUCUUAUGUAAAAUAAUGUCCAGUAUAUGUCCUACAGUGUUGUAUGUCCAGUCCUUCCAGGACAAUGUAAACAAAGUGCAGAAGAUCAAUGUGUGGACAAACAGAAAAUUUCUCUUCAAUGGGACUUGUUUUCCCUCUAAAUUAUCAGCCAAACUGUUUUUUGGUAGAAGCCCUGAACUUCUCUAAAAAUUUUCUCUUGUGAAAACUUGUUCUGAGGAAUUCCAGCAGACACCAGAAGCUCUCUGGAUGCUGGUUUUCCAUAUUUAAUAGGAUUUGUGCUCCUAGUCCUGAUUGAUUUUUGAAAAUCCAUUCUGUUAAUAACGAUUGCUCAUUUGGAAGCUUCCUCUAUUGUUGGAUUGGCUGAAGUUGCCCUGCUUUAUCUAGUUAAGAUCAAAACAACACCAAAAAGGGAAGGCAGUAUUUUCCAGGUUUAAUGCAAAUGGCAGUUCAAGAUUUUUGUUAGUCCAAGACAAAAAAAAAAAAAAAAAAGGUCAAUUCUUUGCUGUUGAAAAUUAAUAUGGUAUUAUUGUCUUCAGUUAAUCCAGUUCAAACAAGAUGUGCAUCUGGCACAUUUUCAGGCAUUGUUUAUUUCUCAGGUUUUAUUUUUCAAAAGUAAUGGUGGUCAGUUUUCCUGUGCGGGUGUGCUGCCUUUGGAUCAUACUGGGGUGGGUGAUGAUCUUCUGAGCUUGCAGAUUGUUAGUUAAAAUCUGUGCCAUGGUUCCAAAGUGGCUUAGCUAUAUGUGAGCUUUUAACCACUUUAAUCAAAGAUAAGACUCAGCAGCAACUAGGAGGCCUGAGAAACUCUGCAUUUCUCUAAUCCAGAACAGAAAUGAGUUUGCUUAUGGGUUUAGUAGUCAUAACGUGAGGCA